AUAUUUCUAAAUCCGCCAUAUUUUGCUGAGAGUCGCCCGUCGCUUGAGGGUAGUAGUGUGGAUUUUCAACAUAAUUUAUUCAGAUAAUGAAUAUUAUCAGUUUAAUAUCAUAAUUUUAGUGUCAGUGAUUAGUGUGAUAUUUAUAAAAAGAUAGAACUUACAUCUAGCAAUAACGAAUGUGGUAUAUUCUCCGUUUCCCGUUUUGUCUGCCCAAUCUAAUCUAAACAGAAAAUGGCCGACGGUGUUGGUGCGGGUGUCUCCUUUGUUUAGGGCUGAAUUCUAGUGAAAAUAAGUGUUAAAAGAAAUAAUGCCUAGUGCCUCGUUUUCCUCUUCGCGUUCUUACGUGCGUAGAUCGCGGAGAAAAGGUGGACAUAGAAUACCACUACCUUCUAGGACACAAUCGAGCGAGCCAUGUGAGUCAGUGCCGUGCCCCAACAACGUGACGGGCAGCGCGAUGGCGGCGACGGCGGCGUGCGCGGGCGCGAGCGGCAGCGGCGGCGGCGGCGCCCCGCCCGUGCCCGCGGCCGCGCCCGCCUCCACGCCCGGCCACCACAGCCCCUACGACCUGCGCCGCAAGUCGCCGCCAGCCUACCACGAACCUGGGCCUUCUGGCACCUGCUCUCUACCUGCCAGAAAGAGGCCCAGAACGUCACUGUCUCAAGGAGUGGAUGUGUGCAAUGUAUCACAGUACCUGCAGUACGAGCUGCCUGAUGAAGUGUUGCUGUGUAUCCUCUCACACCUCACGGAACGGGAUCUCUGUCGCGUCGCGCAAGUCUGCAAGAGAUUUAACACUAUUGCAAAUGAUACUGAAUUAUGGAAAAGUUUAUAUCAAUCAGUGUUUGAAUAUGAUAUGCCACUGAUGCACCCUGCACCAUGUCAGUUUGAGUUUGUUGCUCCGGACGAGUGCGACGCGGACAAUCCUUGGAAAGAAAGCUUUAGGCAGCUAUACUACGGCAUUCACGUGCGGCCCAAUUACCGUCCUAAGAAGGAUUCACGCAUCAAGCACUUUAACACAAUCAGGGCGGCCCUGGAGUACGUGGAGGAGCGCGGCACGGCGGGCGCGGGCGCGGCGGCGGCGGCGGCGGGGGGGGCCUGCGCGUGCGGCGCGCCCGCCUGCGCCUGCCGCCGCGCGCCGCCGCACGCGCCCGCGCUGCUGUUCGUGCACGCCGGCCUCUACCAGGAGGAGUGCCUCGCCAUCGACACCGACGUGCAGCUCAUAGGUUGUGCUGCUGGCAAUGUAGCAGAGUCAGUUGUAUUGGAGCGUGAGGCGGAGUCGACGUUAACGUUUGCGGAAGGCGCGAACCGCGCGUACGCAGGUCACAUGACGCUCAAGUUCUCUCCCGACGCGACCAGCACUAUGCAACACCACAAGCACUACUGCCUCGAGGUAUCCGACAACUGCUCGCCCACCGUAGACCACUGCAUCAUACGAAGUGCUAGUGUCGUGGGCGCGGCGGUGUGUGUGAGCGGCGCGGGCGCGAACCCUGUGAUCAAGCACUGCGACAUCAGCGACUGCGAGAACGUGGGGCUGUACGUGACGGACUACGCGCAGGGCGCCUACCAGGACAACGAGAUCUCACGGAACGCGCUCGCCGGCAUCUGGGUCAAGAACUUCGCCAACCCCAUCAUGCGCAGGAACCACAUACACCACGGCAGGGAUGUCGGUAUAUUCACCUUUGAAAAUGGCUUGGGCUAUUUCGAAGCAAACGACAUCCACAACAACAGAAUUGCUGGUUUCGAAGUGAAAGCCGGCGCAAAUCCCACCGUAGUCCACUGCGAGAUCCACCACGGUCAGACAGGCGGCAUAUACGUCCACGAGUCAGGCCUAGGCCAGUUUAUAGAUAACAAAAUACACUCUAACAAUUUUGCUGGAGUCUGGAUCACGUCCAAUAGUAACCCUACGAUUAGGCGCAAUGAAAUAUACAAUGGCCAUCAAGGCGGAGUGUAUAUAUUUGGGGAAGGACGCGGUUUGAUUGAGCACAAUAAUAUUUAUGGAAACGCUUUAGCUGGUAUACAGAUACGUACAAACAGUGACCCAAUAGUUAGGCACAACAAAAUCCACCAUGGGCAACAUGGCGGCAUCUACGUACAUGAAAAGGGCCAAGGGCUUAUAGAAGAAAAUGAAGUGUACGCGAAUACGCUAGCCGGUGUCUGGAUCACGACGGGUUCAACGCCCGUCCUGAGGCGCAACCGUAUACAUUCGGGGAAACAGGUCGGAGUAUACUUCUACGACAACGGCCAUGGAAAAUUAGAAGACAACGACAUUUUCAACCAUUUGUACUCGGGCGUUCAGAUACGGACGGGUAGCAACCCCGUGAUCCGAGGCAACAAGAUAUGGGGCGGCCAGAACGGCGGUGUUCUAGUGUACAACGGGGGGCUCGGCCUUCUAGAACAGAACGAGAUCUUCGAUAACGCCAUGGCCGGAGUGUGGAUAAAGACUGACUCCAACCCUACGCUCAAGCGGAAUAAAAUAUUCGAUGGGCGCGACGGGGGUAUUUGUAUUUUUAAUGGGGGAAGGUGAGGCGUUCUCGAGGAGAACGAUAUAUUUCGUAACGCGCAAGCGGGCGUGUUAAUAUCGACGCAGAGCCACCCGGUGCUGCGACGUAACCGCAUCUUCGACGGUCUCGCCGCCGGCGUCGAGAUCACUAACAAUGCCACUGCCACAUUGGAACAUAACCAGAUUUUUAAUAAUAGAUUUGGAGGUCUAUGUCUCGCGUCGGGAGUGUCGCCGCUGGUACGAGGUAACAAGAUCUUCAGCAACCAGGACGCGGUCGAGAAGGCCGUGGGCGGCGGACAGUGCCUAUACAAAAUCUCAUCUUACACUUCCUUUCCCAUGCACGACUUUUACAGGUGCCAGACGUGUAACACGACCGACCGCAACGCAAUUUGUGUCAAUUGCAUCAAAACGUGCCAUUCCGGACACGACGUAGAAUUUAUUCGCCAUGACAGAUUCUUCUGCGACUGCGGCGCGGGUACGCUGUCCAACCAGUGCCAGCUGCAGGGCGAGCCCACGCAGGACACGGACACGCUGUACGACUCGGCCGCGCCCAUGGAGUCGCACACGCUCAUGGUGAACUGAGCUGCCAUACCCACCGCCCGCGACAAGGAAAUCAGUAUUCGUCGGAAAACUAUUUUCUUUUUAUUUAUUUUUAGGUGUUAUUCGCCGCCAAUUAUAUUGUAGUUAUUUGUCUCCGCGAGUCGCGACUCGCCCUCUUCUAGUUCAAUUAUUUUUAUUAUCUAAA